ACGUAGCGAGUUCAUAAGAAAACAAAUCUUUGGCGUUAGGGGGUGGGGCCUCGAGUGCGCUGGCUCCGCCCCCUGGCGGUCGGCUAGGCGGCUGCAUUCGACGCACUGGCUCAGAAGAGACCCCGCCCGUCGAGGAGGAGGGAGGGCCGCCAGUGUCGACAUGCUGCUGGAGGAGGUCCGCGCCGGCGACCUGCUGAGCGGGGCCGCGGCCCGGGGCGACGUGCAGGAGGUGCGCCGCCUUCUGCACCGCGAGCUGGUGCACCCCGACGUCCUGAACCGCUUCGGCAAGACUGCACUACAGGUCAUGAUGUUUGGUAGCCCCACCAUUGCCCUGGAGCUCCUGAAGCAAGGUGCCAGCCCGAAUGUCCAGGACGCCUCCGGUACCACUCCAGCCCAUGAUGCAGCCCGCACUGGAUUCCUAGACACCCUGAAGGUUUUGGUAGAGCAUGGCGCUGAUAUCAACGCACCUGAUGACACUGGGGCACUCCCCAUCCAUCUGGCGGUGCUAGAGGGCCACAGAGCUGUGGUCAGUUUCCUAGCUGCUGAGUCUGAUCUCCAUCAUAGGGAUGCAAGAGGGCUCACACCCCUUGAGCUGGCACGGAGAAGAGGGGCUCAGGAUCUCAUGGGCAUACUGCAGGGACACACGGUGGCACCGCUGUGACCUGGGGCCACCCACUCCAGCAACAGGACCCAGCUGGGUUCUAUGUCAGAAAAGGAGGAAAGAAACACUUUCUCUUCUCACUCCUCCUGCCCACUGCCAAAGGUGGAGGGGCACCAGUUUGUGGCUUGUUGGUGUUGAUUUGGGGGGAGGGUGUCUAUGGGGGGCAUUUCUCAUUUGUUUUUGUCACCCCUUUUGGUGUGUUGGGCAAAGAAGGGCUCCUGCAGGCAACAGCCACCUAAACGGUUCAGUUUCCUUCAAGUCCCAUACUGCUGGGGCUGCAGAUGAGUCCCAAGGGCAGAACAUUUAAAGCUUCAGCCCCGGAGUGAGGUCAUCGCUUCCAGGGCUCCUGGAACCUGGUGACUUUGGCUGUGUACCCAGAGAGAGACCUCAAGUGUACACACUGCUUUCAAGCAUGGGGGGAGGGGGGGAGUUCCAAAUGAAUAAAAGGGUAGUAUGAGUUCAUAUUUUGUUGGAAACUUGUUUUCCAGUCUCUUGUACAAUGUUAAGAAAAGAUUCUAUUUAUUAAGCUUUAUGGAAAAAAGUUGUGUGUGAUAAUUUAAUGCUUUUACCCAUUAAAUUAAGACUUGUGCAUGAUCACA